AUGUCUCCCUACCAAACCAAGGCCGCCCCCCACUGGCUCAAAUCCUAUCUUUUCAACGGAUACCGCCGCAUCUCUGGCGAGCUUUUCUUCUUCGGAAUCCCCAUCGCCCUAGGGUACGGCGUCUACACCUGGGCCAAGCGCUACGACGAGUGGCAAAACAGCAAGGCCGGACACCUUGCGCUCGGUGGAGACCACGAAUAG